CCAUCGUCUCUAUCCCUCUCUCCUUAUCGUAGCCUCUUGUUUGCCGGGCAUUGAUCGGAGCGAGGAUCAUCGGAAGGGGAUGCGAAGAUGUUGGAGGAUCAGGUGGCGUUCUUGCUCCAGAAGUACCUCGGCAACUAUGUUCGGGGACUCAGCAAGGAGGCCCUCAAGAUCAGCGUCUGGAAUGGUGAUGUGGAACUGAAGAACAUGCAACUGAGGCCAGAGGCGCUUAAUGCUUUGAAGUUGCCUGUGAGAGUGAAGGCUGGAUUCUUGGGGUCUGUGAAGAUUAAGGUUCCCUGGAGCCGGCUAGGGCAAGAACCAGUUCUAGUUUCUUUAGACCGCAUACUGAUAUUAGCUGAGCCUGCACUACAAGUUGAAGGCUCGAGUGAAGAUGCUUUACAAGAAGCAAAAAAGAACAGAAUUCGAGAAAUGGAGAUGAAACUGUUGGAGUCUCAGCAGCAUCUCAAGCUAGAAACAAAUACAUCCUGGCUGGGCUCAUUGAUUAACACCAUAAUUGGAAACCUCAAGCUGUCCAUUACUAAUAUUCACAUCAGAUAUGAAGACCUUGAGAGCAAUCCUGGCCACCCCUUUGCAGCGGGAGCAACACUUUCAAGGCUUUCUGCAGUGACAGUUGAUGAUCUUGGCAAGGAAACAUUUGCUACUGGGGGUGCUUUGGAUCGCAUUCAGAAGUUUGCAGAACUUGAACGGUUGUCUUUUUACUUUGAUUCUAAUAUUCAUCCAUGGAGAAUUGACAAACCCUGGGAGGAUGUGCUGCCCUCUGAGUGGAGCCAGAUAUUUGAAUUGGAAAGUAGGGGCGGUAAGUCUGAUGGUUUUGUUCUGAAAGAACAUAGCUACAUUCUACAACCAGUCACAGGGAAUGCGAAGUACACAAAGCUGCGGUUGGAUGAAUCUAGAAAUACUGGGCAAGCAUUACAAAAAGCUGUAGUCAAUCUGGAUAAUGUUACAUUAUGUUUAUCAAAGGAUUGCUACAGGGACGUCUUGAAGUUGGCAGAUAACUUUGAUGCCUUCAAUAAACGUCUGAAAUACGCUCACUAUCGCCCGCAACUUCCCGUGAAGUCUGACCCCAGGUCUUGGUGGAAGUAUGCUUACAAGGUGGUGACUGAUGAGAUGAAGGCUGCAAGUGGAAAACUGUCUUGGGAACAGGUUUUGAGGUAUGCAAGACUUCAGAAGAAAUAUGUGCCACUAUAUGCAUCUCUCCUUAAGCCCGACAUGAUCCAUUCAGCAGUAGAUCACAACAAGGAAAUUGAAAAAAUGGAUAGGGAGCUUGAUAUCAGUGUUAUUCUUCAGUGGAGGAUGGUGGCACACAAAUUUGUUGAUCAGUCCACAGAAUUGGACAAUCAACAGAGGGGACUGAAGACCAAGAAAUCUUGGUGGCCAUUUGGCUGGGGUGGAUCUACGAAGGAUGAAAAUGAACCUAGGGGUUUCACUGAGGAAGAUUGGGAACAACUAAAUAGAAUUAUUGGCUACAAGGAAGGUUCUGAUGAAAACUUAUUGACAGCUUAUGAUAAAGGCGAUUUACUUCAUGUGUUAUUUGAAAUUAACAUGAAGCACAAUGCAUCAAAGCUUGUCACCGACAAUCAGGUUUACCUUGCGGACUUAUCAUGCGAAGGGCUUCAUUGUUCCAUAAAAUCUUAUUUGGAGACAAAAGUUUUCAACUUGAAGUUGGGUUCUUAUAGGCUUUCCUCACCUUCCGGUCUCCUGGCGGAGAGUGCUACUCUUUCUGAUUCUUUGGUUGGUACUUUUAGUUACAAGCCUUUUGAUGCUGAAGUGGACUGGAGCUUUGCUGUCAAAGCUUCUCCAUGCUAUAUGACAUACAUGAAGGAUUCUGUGGAUCAAAUUAUUGCCUUCUUCAAGAGUGGCACUGCUGUAAGUCAGAAUAUUGCUUUGGAGACAGCAGCUGCAGUGCAGAUGACCAUUGAUGGAGUCAAACGUACUGCUCAAGAACAAGUCACCAGAGCAUUAAAAGAUUACUCCAGGUUUUUCUUGGAUGUGGACAUUGCUGCCCCUAAAAUUACUAUUCCAACCAAAUUUUCCCCAGAUAGCUCUCACUCAACUAAACUCCUACUAGACUUGGGAAAUCUUAUGUUGUGCACAAAGGACAUGCAAGAGCAUGACUCCUCUAAGGAAAAGGAUUUGUACCUGCAAUUUAAUUUGGUUCUAAGUGAUGUCUCUGCUUUCUUGGUGGAUGGUGAUUAUUGGUGGGGUGCACCACUUGUGACUGAUCAAAAUAAGCACAAUAUUUUACCUGUAAUAGACAAGUGUGCAAUUGUCAUAAAGCUUCAACAGAUUAAGUUUGAAAAUCCUUUCUACCCAUCAACUAGACUUGCUGUAAGGUUACCGUGUUUGGGGUUUCAUUUUUCCCCUGCUAGGUAUCACCGGUUAUUGCAAGUUGUGAAGAUCUUCGAGGAGGAUGAUGGUAGUAGCCCAGACAUGGUCUGCCCUUGGAAUCAGGCUGAUUUUGAGGGAUGGUUGUCUCUCCUCUCAUGGAAGGGCGUGGGAAAUAGAGAAGCUGUAUGGCAACGAAGAUAUUUUUGUCUAGUUGGGCCGUUCCUUUAUAUCUUGGAGAAUCCUUCAUCUAAAUCAUAUAAACAAAUUUUCAGUUUACUUGGUAAACAAGUCCAUCAGGUUCCUACUACACUCUUAGGUGAUAUCGAAAAUGUGCUAGUUGUGUGUGAUGCAGGACAACUCAAUCCAAAGAGAUUGCAGAUUGUGGAAGAUGCCUCUGCUUUGAUUAUGAGGUGUGAUUCUGAUGAAUCUCGAAGAUCUUGGCAAAAUCGUCUGCAAGCAGCUAUAUAUCGAGCUUCGGGUUCUUCUGCCAUAACUGGUCCACCUGAUAAAUCAUUUUCAGUUGGGACGUCUGAAACCAAAUCUUCAGAUAAAAUCAUGAUGAGGUCAUUGAGUGUGGAGAAGCUUUUUGUUACUGGCGUCCUUGAUGAACUAAGGAUUUGUUUUAGCUGUAGUUAUCAGAGAAAUCAAAGUCUUCAGAAGAUUCUUCUUGAUAAAGAAAGUCCUUUGUUUGAGUUUCGUGCAAAAGGUGGCCAGGUUGAGCUCUUGAUGAAAGCAAAUAAUAUUUUGAUUGGAACCAUUUUAAAAUCUUUGGAAAUAGAGGAUCAAUUUGGUUGUGCACAAACAACUACAUGCCGAUACCUUGCGAGAUCCUUUAUAAAUAGCACAGAAGCCACUGCUUCUGCUUCCUACCCUUCCUCUGUUGGUACGGCUGCACUAGGUGUAGGUGGUGAUGAAGCAGAGCAAAAUGAUGGAGAAGAUGAUAAAUUUUUUGAAGCAACGGAUGAUGUUAAUGAUCUGGUUGAACAACCUUUUCAACGUCAAGGGAGUAUGCCUGAGUACUUUGCUGCUGAAAGUUCCUUCCCAUCAAAAAUUUUUUUCAUAGAUCCUCCUAGCUUUAGUCGGAUUGCAGGUUUAAUACCUGAUCCAGGACUUGAAGAUAGAAGCAAUAACUUAAAGGAAAAUGAUGCAUUAGAUAGCUUUGUGAAAGCUCAAAUUAUCAUCUAUGGUCAAGAUUCUCCUCUGUACAAUAAUAUAGAUAACCAGGUGCUGGUUGCACUUUCUAUGUUGACAUUUUUCUGUUAUAGACCGACGAUCAUUGCAAUAAUGGAAUUUGUUGAUGCAAUAAACAUUUCUCAAGACAGUCAUGAUACUGACUCUUUUGCUGAUAACUCUUCGACUGUCAUCACGGAAUCUUUUGCCAAGGUUGACACAAGUGGUGAUCAUGAUUUUGUGGUUCAAGAACCAGUUGUAAAAGGAUUACUUGGGAAAGGAAAAAAUAGAGUCAUUUUCUUCAUGACAUUGAACAUGACCACCGCUGAGAUAGUCUUGAUGAAUGAAGAUGGGACUUCCCUUGCUACUUUAUUACAAAAUAAUUUGCUCACUGAUAUAAAGGUUUUUCCUGCGUCUUUUAACCUUAAAGCUUCACUUGGAAACCUGAAAAUUAGUGAUGACAGUCUUCCAGUCGGCCAUUCAUACUUCUGGGUUUGUCAUAUGAGGAAUCCAGGAGGGAGUUCUUUUGUUGAGCUGGAUUUUAGCUCAUUUAAUGCUGCUGAUGAGGACUACAGUGGUUAUGAAUAUAGCCUUAAUGGGCAGCUUUCAGAAGUGCGGAUAGUGUAUCUGAACCGUUUUGUGCAGGAGGUUGCUAGUUACUUUAUGGGUCUUGCACCAAGCAAUGUUGAGAGCGUCGUUAAGCUGAAGGAUCAUAUAAGCAAUUCAGAGAAGUGGGUCACAAAAAGUGAAAUUGAAGGAUCUCCUGCUUUAAAGUUGGACCUUUCAUUGACAAAUCCUAUAAUUCUGAUGCCAAGGAGAACAGACAGUUCCGAUUACUUAAAACUUGAUGUGCUUCAUAUUACCAUCCAAAACACAUUUCAUUGGCUUGGUGGUAGCAAGAAUGAUAUGAAUGCUGUCCAUAUGGAAAUAUUGACCAUCAAGGUUAAAGACAUCAAUUUGUCAGUUGGUUUUGACUCAGUAUCAGGGGAAAAUAUUAUUCAAGAUGUCAAAGGCCUUUCUGUUAUAGUUCAAAGGUCUCUGCGUGACAUGUUGCAUCUAAUUCCAACAACAGAAGCAGACAUCAAGGUGGAAGAGCUAAAAGCAUCUUUGUCAAAUAAAGAAUAUGAAAUUAUCACAGAGUGCGCAUUAGCUAAUCUCUCUGAGACUCCACAUGUUGUUCCUCCUCUGGGAAAAAUUGAUGAUACUUCUGAUAGCCUUCUGGAGCAUCCUGUUUCCCUUGUUACAAGUUCAGAUAAAUCUGACACCCAACUACGAACUUGGGUAGUUAUGAAAGUUUCAGUUUCAGUUAACUUGGCAGAACUUUCUUUGCAUUCUGGGAUCACAAGAGAUUCACCUCUAGCUACUGUUCAGGCAAGUGGGGCCUGGCUCCUCUACAAAUCAAAUUCAAGUGGGGAGAGUUAUCUUUUUGCAACUCUUCGAGGUUUCUCUGUCAUUGAUGACCGUGAAGGAACCAAAGAAGAGUCUAAGCUUGCGAUAGGAAAAUCUGGGAGUAUUACUUUUGAAUCUCUUUUUUAUGAUGGUGAUGAUAUUCAACGUUUAAAUCACUCCAGGGAAAAAGACGCUUUGGAAUAUUUUGGUUUUGAACCAAUUCCUUCAAUGCUUAUUCUUGAUAUCUUGUUCAGGAAAUCCUCGAUAGAUAUAUCCUUGUCUAUUCAGAGACCAAAGUUACUUGUGGCUCUUGAUUUUUUACUAGCAAUCACUGAGUUUUUUACUCCAUCCCUACGUGCCACCCUGUCAAAUGAGGAAGAUGACCUACUUUACAUCGCUGGUGCAAUUAUUUUGGAUCAACCUGUCUAUUUCCAACCUUCACCGGAAUUUUCAAUCUCACCUCAAAAACCAUUGAUUGCUGAUGAUGAAAGAUUUGAUCAUUUCAUAUACGAUGGAAAAGGUGGCAGAUUAUAUUUACGGGAUAGGGAGGGAAAAGUUCUUUCUGUUCCCAGGCUUGAGACAGUAAUCUAUAUUGGAAAUGGCAAAAAAUUGCAAUUUAAGAAUGUUACUAUAGUGGAUGGAGCCUAUCUAGAUUGUUCUGUAUUUCUGGGUGGUAACAGUAGUUAUUCAGUCUCAGAAGGUGAUCAUGUCUAUUUUGAGCAUGAGAAUGGUGCUUCUUUGCAUUCACACAAUGAAAUUAUGGAUGGUGGAAUUACUGAAAACAAUGUUGUCGAAAAGUUCACAGAUCUAAAUUUAGAGUUGAAGGCAAUUGGUGUAGAGCUCACCUUUUACAGUACUUCAAAGGACGUUAAAGAAUCUUUACUAUUGUCGAACAAGGUUAUGCAUGCCAAUCUGGAUGUACUCAGCAGGAUUGUCCUGAAGAGUGAUAGCUUUGAGAUAAGUGGAAAUGUUCUUGAAUUAAAAGUGGAGAGCAAUGGAAUCAGGGUUUUGGAGCCCUUUGAUACCAGUGUAAAAUUUUCUAAUGCCUCGGAGAAAACCAACAUGCAUCUUGUAGUAUCUGAUAUAUUCAUGAAUUUCUCGUUCAGCAUCUUGAGACUCAUCUUAGCUGUUGAGGAAGAUAUUUUGGCAUUUCUUAGGAUGGCAUCCAAGAAAGUAUCAGUAGUCUGCUCUCAGUUUGAUAAAGUUGGAAUAAUCCAGGAUAGCCAGAAAGAUCGAACAUAUGCUUUUUGGAGACCGCGUGCACCAUCUGGAUUUGCUGUUCUGGGGGACUGUUUGACUCCUUUGAAUGAGCCACCUGCGAAAGGAGUUCUCGCUGUUAAUCCUAGUUUUGUAAGAGUCAAGAGACCCAUCUCUUUCAGGCUAAUAUGGCCAUGCAGUAUCAGAAAUACCAGUGGAGGGAACCAUGGUCCCACUGGGGAUAUUUUGAAGCAUGAUGACUAUGGUCAAGAAGAAGGCUUUUCUGUUUGGUUUCCAAUAGCUCCUAAAGGUUUUGUUGCGGUUGGUUGUGUGGUUUCCUCUGGUAGAGAAGUGCCAUCAUUGUCCUCUGCUUUGUGCAUCAUGUCUUCCUUGGUAUCACCAUCUACUCUGAAGGACUGCAUAUCGCUUGGCCUGACUGAAGGAUCUUCGGAAAAUGUCGCCUUUUGGCGGGUGGAGAAUUCUUUUGGAUCAUUUUUGCCUGCAGACCCAAUACAUACUAAUGUCACUGCUAAACCAUAUGAUUUUCGUCCUAUAAUUUCUUCUUAUUCUAAUUCAUCAACUCAUGCUGCUAGGAAUUCUAGUUCCAGAGAGAAUUCUCAGAGUCAUGAUCGUGCUUUAAUGCCAGAAGGAUCUGCAUUCUUAAAUUCUGGGCGUCUGUUCGAGGCUGUUGCAAGUUUUAAAUUGAUCUGGUGGAAUCAAGGUUCAGCCUCCAGGAGGAAACUCUCUGUAUGGCGUCCGAUUGUUCCACCUGGCAUGGUCUACCUUGGUGACAUUGCUGUCCAAGGAUACGAACCUCCAAACUCUUCAAUAGUUAUGCAUGAUACAGGAGAUGAAACUUUUCUGAAGGCCCCUCAAGAUUUUCAACUUGUUGGGCACAUCAAGAAGCAGAGAGGAAUUGAGAGUAUUUCUUUCUGGUUGCCCCAGGCUCCUCCAGGCUUUGUUGUCUUAGGUUGUGUCGCAUCUAAAGGCCCCCCAAAGCAUGAUGACUUCAGUUCAUUAAGAUGCAUACGCAGUGAUAUGGUUUCCGGAGAUCAGUUUCCCGAUGAAAGCAUUUGGGAUGCAUCUGAUACUAAAGUUUCAUCAAAGCCUUUUAGCUUAUGGAGUGUUGGUAAUGAGUCAGGGACUUUUCUUGUCAGAAAUGGAUUCAAAAAGCCACCCAAAAGAUUUGCUCUGAGGCUUGCGGCCCCCAAUGUAACUAGUGGCUCAGACAAUACAGUAAUUGAUGCAGAAAUUAAGACCUUCUCAGCAGCAGUUCUUGACGAUUAUGGAGGCCUGAUGGUUCCAUUAUUUAACAUUUCACUUAGCAGCAUAGGAUUUAGUUUGCAUGGAAGACCAGACUACUUGAAUUCUACUGUCAGUUUUUCCUUGGCUGCAAAAUCUUAUAAUGACAAGCAUGAUGCUUGGGAGCCCCUUAUCGAACCUAUGGAUGGAUUUUUAAGGUAUCAAUUUGAUCAGAAUGCCCCUGGGGAAGCUACUCAACUUCGGAUGACAUCAACUAGGGAUCUGAAUCUGAAUAUAUCUGUCUCUAAUGCAAAUAUGAUUUGCCAAGCAUACUCUAGCUGGAUUAAUCUUGGUCAAAUACAAGAAAAGAUUGAAAAUAAAGAUGCAGUUUCUCCUUCUUACAUGAGGAGAUCUGUUGUUGAUGUCCAUCACAGGAAAAAUUAUUAUAUCAUACCUGUUAACAUGCUUGGUCAAGACAUAUUCAUAAGGGCUACUGAAAUCAAGAGGAUCUCAGACAUUAUUAAGUUGCCAUCAGGAGAUAACAAACUUGUGAAGGUUCCAGUUUCAAAAAAUAUGCUGGACUCACAUAUGAAAGGGAGACUUGGAAUUAUUUCAAGAUUAAUGGUGACAAUGAUUAUUGGUGAUGGAGAGCUACCUGUUGGAGAAGGAAUGACUAAGGGUCCUAUUACAUUAGCAAUCCGCUUGUUCUUGAUUGAACCCAGUGAUACAUUGUUGCAGCAACAAAGUGCUAGAACAUGUGGAUCCAUUUAUGAGCAUUCAUCUUCAGGGUUUGCAUUGGUGAAUUGGGGGGAGGCCUUCUUUUUUAAAGUUGAUUCUCUGGAUAAUUACAUGGUGGAGUUUAUUGUGACUGAUCUUGGGAGAGGUGAACCUGUAGGGUUCUAUUCAGCUCCACUGAAGCAGAUAGCUCAAGUACUCCAUCCUAAAUCAACUCUGGAUAAUUUUCACUUUGAGAUGACUUGGGUGGAGCUUUCGAGAAUGAAUUUGAGGGAAUGCCAAAGUGAUGUGCACAAGAACCAUGGGAGAGUUAGAUGUGCUGUUUUAAUUUCUCCUAGAGCUGUAAAAGAUGGCAAGCAGGGAUCUUCUCACAGUAGUAAACCUGGAUUUAUUCAAAUUAGUCCAGCAAAAGAAGGGCCUUGGACAAGUGUUAGGCUGAAUUAUGCUGCCCCUGCUGCAUGUUGGAGGCUAGGGUAUGAUGUUAUUGCCAGUGAAGUAACUGUUAAGGAUGGUAACAGAUAUGUCAGUAUACGCUCUCUUGUUUCUAUUACUAAUAAUACAGAUUUUGUCAUUGAACUGCGCCUGAAAUCCAAAAGUUCUAAAGAGAGCAUUAGUUCUAAUGGUGGCAACAAAGACUCUGGAAGUAGUGAGUCUGACCAGAAGACAGUUGGAACUGAGGAAUUUUUUGAAAUAGAAAAAUAUUCCCCUUCUCUUGGUUGGAUUAGCUGUUCACAACAUUUGCCGGUUUCAUCUCAAUCUAAACCAGAGUCUUCAGGUGGGGAAAACCAGGGUAUCUCCAACAUUGAGCUUCCUGAAGGCUGGGAAUGGACUGAUGAUUGGCAUGUUGAUAAGUCACCUGGUUGCAAGGAUGAUGGAUGGAUCUAUGCUCCAGAUACUGGGCAUAUAAUGUGGCCUGAGUCAGCAGGUCUUUCCAAUCCUGCAAAUUCUGCAAGGCAAAGGAGAUGGAUCAGGCACAGGCAGUAUAUGCCUUCAAAUGAAAAGGAUCAAAUUUUGAUUGGAUUACUGAAACCAGGUAGUUGUAUUCCUCUUCCUCUCUCAGGCUUGACACAACCGUAUAUCUUGGAGUUCAGACCAAAGAAUGAUAACGGCCAAAACGAAUAUUCAUGGAGUGUUGUACUUGAGAAGCAUUGCCUCAGUGAUUUUUCCCUUGAACUAGAAAAUUCUGAUGAAAUAUAUCUUUCAAUGCUCACUGAGUCUGUUGGACUCUUGUACUGUUCUGAAAUAAGUGGAUCUUCAUCGAACAACAGAAAGGGCUUAUGGUUUUGCUUGAACACUGAGGCUACUGAAAUUGGAAAAGAUUUACACUCAAAUCCCAUACAUGAUUGGAAUCUGAAAAUUUACUCUCCAUUAUCUAUUACUAAUUUUCUUCCUCUAUCUACCGAGUAUGCUGUCAUUGAUCAACUGCCUACUGAAGAAAGUGUUGCAUGCUCUGAGGAUAUUAUUGUUCCUGGUGAAACCAUCAAUAUCUAUAAUGCUGAUCCACGAGAUCCUUUGUACUUGUCAGUUCUCCCUCAAGGAGGAUGGAAAAUGUUGCAUGGACCUGUACCAAUAACACAUCAUGGCAAGAUGACAUCUCAAAUGUUAACUCUGCAAAACUCUUUUUCUGAAAGGAUUGUUCAAAUCAUAGUGGAGGAAAAUUUUGAGAAGAAGCACCUUAUAGCAAAAGUCAUUAAAAUCUAUGUUCCAUUUUGGAUUGCAAGUGCUAGAUGUCCUCCACUUAUUUACAGAUUUAUUGACAUGCCAGGGAAAAGAAUGCGAAGGCAUUUUCCAGUCCCAUUCCGUGCAAAUGAGGGAAAUGAAAAGGUUCGCUGGCAAAUUGUAAAAGAUGAAUUAGUUGGGGGGUUUACAAUUGUUUCUGCAUUGAACUUCAGACAUUUGGGCUUCUCAGCUUCAAUUAGUCAACCUGGCAAAGAACAAUUUGGGCCUGCUAAGGAUCUGACACCCCUUUGUGAUAUGGAUGGUUCAAUUGAUCUCCGUGCUUAUGAUACUGAAGGAAACUGCUUUCACAUUUUUGUGACCUCAAAACCAUCCCCAUAUCCAUCUGUUCCUACUAAGGUUAUUUCCAUUCGUCCCUUCAUGACUUUCACAAAUAGGCUUGGGGAAAAUAUUUAUCUCAAGUUUAGUAUUGGAGAUCAACAAAAAGUUCUGUCUCCAUCAGAUUCAACAGUUUCUUUUAUCUACCAUGAAGGAGAACAGGAGAAAUUACAGGUGAGACUAAAUGACACUGAUUGGUGCUGUCCUAUGGAAAUUGUGAAGGAAGAUACCAUCGUUAUUGUGCUAAGAAAGCAUGAAGGUGGUCGCAUAUUUAUCAAAACAGAAGUCCGUGGUUAUGAUGAAGGUUCACGCUUCUCAAUAGUGUUCCGUUUAGGAUCACCCCAUGGCCCAAUCAGAAUUGAGAAUAGGACGUUGGGCUCAAAAAUUGGCAUUCGUCAAGCUGGGUUAGAUGAUGGUGCCUGGGUUUACUUGGAUCCCCAUUCAACUGUAAAUUUCUCUUGGGAGGAUCCAUAUGGGCAGAGACUAAUGGAUAUUUGCAUCCAGAGUGAAAUUAAUACUUACGUCCCAAAUGUCAGCUUGGAGAAAACGACAGAAUGUUGUACUAUUUUGCAGGGUCAUGGUAUCCGAUAUGAUGUUAUUGAGUCUGGAGAUAUGAAGAUUGCUCGAUUUACUGAAGGUAGAAGUGUGUUAUAUGGAAAUCCUGAACUACUUGCUUCCAAUUGGGGCAUCUCACCCUUGCCUAAUGAGGCACAAAGCAACAAUUCACCUUUGGAACUGGUGAUAGAAUUGGGGAUUUUGGGGAUUUCUCUGAUUGAUCAUAGACCGAGGGAGCUCUUGUAUCUAUAUUUGGAGAAAGUCUUUGUAUCGUAUUCUACUGGUUAUGAUGCUGGACUGACAAACAGGUUCAAGCUAAUUAUUGGACGGCUGCAAGUUGAUAACCAGCUGCCUUUAACGCCAGUACCUGUUCUAUUGGCACCAGAGGACAUACCUGAUAUAAACCAUCCAGUAUUUAAGGCAACAGUUACAAUGAACAAGGAAAAUAUAGAUGGUAUCGAGGUUUACCCAUAUGUCUACAUAAGGGUAACUGAAAAGUGUUGGCGCGUUGAUAUUCAUGAGCCAAUUAUAUGGGCACUGGUAGAUUUUUACAAUAAUCUUCGGUUAGAUGGUACCUCAAGUUCUUCAAGCAUUACUCAAGUGGAUCCUGAAAUUCGAUUUGAACUAAUUGACAUCUCAGAGGUAAGGCUGAAGCUAUCACUGGAGACUGAACCAACUCAUAGACCUCCAGGUGCCCUGGGAAUAUGGAGCCCUGUUUUGUCUGCAGUUGGGAAUGCGCUCAAGAUUCAGGUCCAUCUUAGAAAGGUAAUGCACAGAAGCAAGUUCAUGCGGAAAAGCACCAUUGCCCCUGCUAUAUUAAACCGUAUUAGAAGAGAUCUUAUCCACAAUCCUUUACAUUUAAUAUUCUCAGUGGAUGUACUUGGCAUGACCAAAUCAACUUUAUCUUCACUGAGUAAAGGUUUUGCAGAGCUGUCAACUGAUGGACAGUUUUUACAAUUGCGUUCAAAGCAGGUGUGGUCAAGGAGAAUUACCGGUGUUAGUGAUGGUAUUCUCCAAGGAACUGAAGCUCUUGCACAAGGUGUAGCUUUUGGAGUGUCUGGCGUUGUCAGGAAGCCUAUUGAGAGCACUAGACAAUAUGGUCCUCUAGGACUUGCCCAUGGACUUGGUCGUGCUUUUCUAGGGAUUUUUGUGCAGCCAUUGAGUGGGGCUCUGGAUUUUGUUUCCCUGACUGUUGACGGUGUUGGUGCCAGCUUUUCAAGAUGCAUGGAGAUUUUAAGUAACAGGACAAUUGCCCAAAGGAUCAGGAACCCACGGGCUUUUCAUGCAGAUGGCAUUGUUAGGGAGUACUCUGAAAAAGAAGCAGUUGGACAGAUGAUCCUUUACCUGGCAGAAGCAAGUCGCCAUAUAGGCUGUUCAGAUUUAUUUAAGGAGCCAUCAAAAUAUGCAUGGUCGGAUUCUUAUGAAGACCAUUUUAUUGUGCCUUACCAAAGAACUGUUCUUAUAACGAACAAGCGAGUUAUGCUGCUGCAGUGCACCGCUCCAGAAAAAUUGGACAGAAAGCCCUCCAAGAUAUUAUGGGAUGUACCCUGGGAGGAAAUCCUGGCUUUGGAAUUGGCGAAAGCUGGAUGUCCUGAACCCUCUCAUGUAAUAAUUCACCUAAAGAACUUUAGAAGAUCUGAAAGCUUUGUUCGGCUUAUAAAGUGCCUUAUCAUGGAAGAUGGUGAGCAAGAACCACAGGCUGUAAGGAUCUGUUCCUCUGUACGAAAAAUGUGGCGAGCACAUCAGUCCAGGAAACUUCUAAAUUUAAAGGUGCCUUCAAGCCAGCGAUAUGUAGAGUUUGCUGCGGAUGAAACAAAAGUGUUGGAUUCAAGCAACAAGAAUAAGCCAAUAAUAAAAUUGAGGGGGUUUUCUUCUGUUAAUUCUCUUUCUGAUGAUAAGAGAUUCGUAAAGCACAGUGUCAACUUUCAAAAGGUUUGGAGUAGUGAGCAUGAGUCCAAAAGCCAGUGCACAUUGUUCCUGAAACAGGUUGCUGGUGAUGACAUCCUAUGCAGCAUUUGGAGACCCUUGUGUCCUAUUGGGUAUGUUUCAGUUGGAGAUGUGGCUCACGUCGGUGCUCACCAACCAAAUGUUGCUGCAGUUUACCUGGCUUCUGCUGGUAGCUUUUCAGUUCCUGUUGGUUAUGACCUCGUAUGGAGGAACUGCCCCGAAGAUUAUUCUUAUCCUGUGUCAAUAUGGCUUCCUAGAGCACCAGAUGGCUUUGUUGCAGUGGGAUGUGUGGCAGUGGCAGGUUAUGCAGAGCCUGAACUAGACUCUGCCUAUUGUGUAAGCGCAGACAUGGCUGAAGAGACAUCCUUUGAGGAGCGAAGGGUGUGGACUGCACCAGACUCUUAUCCUUGGGCAUGCCACAUAUAUCAAGUUAGAAGUGAAGCCCUCCAUUUUGUCGCAUUGCGACAACAGAAAGAAGAUUCUGACUGGAAGCCCAUGAGAGUUUUGGAUCGUCAAUCUCUGGAAGCAUCAUCAGAAUUCCCAAGACAGUCGAAUGUAGAUAAUAAUGCAGAGAAAGGAUCUACAAGUGCAAGCCUACCACAUGAAAGUCAAAGCAAAGAUGAAAAUAAAACUCAAUAGAGCUUCAGAUGAUUUACUUUUGUAUACAAUUACAUCUGUGGUACAUGCUUAUGCAUCCGAGUGCGAUCAUAUUAUCCAGCAAAGUUACAUUUUGUAAAAAUGUUUUGUUUUCAUUGUAUGUUUUUUGACUAAAGAUGUAAUUCACACAUCACCUCAACUCAACAGUUCUCUAAUUAUUAUCUUUUAUCUUCCACUUA